UCGCCCGUUAUCAAAGUGCAUAUUCCCUCCCGUUUUCUCUGCACCAUACGCAAAACCUAGGGUUUCUCCGUCACCCCUCAGUCCCUCCAAUUUCCCUUCUCACCUCAAGGAUUCCCCCAAAAUGAACCCUAACCACCCCAUGCUCAUGCUCAAGGAAUCCAUCACGCGCUUCCUCGCCCAGCACCGCACCGGCGCCACCGACUUCGCCGACUUCACCUCCAUCUUCUCCCGCACGCUCCACGCCACCCCCGACCCCCCCAUCCCCCUCCUCUGGUUCUACGCCGCCCUCCAAUUCCGCCAGCACCCACCCUCCUCCGCCGCCGCCAGGGACCUCUUCCACCUCCUCGCCUCCUGCUCCGCCGCGCGCGCCUCCUCCGCUAGAAUCGCCGCGCUCGCGCCGCUGCUCUUCGUCCUGCACCGCCUCGCGCCGGCAGAGUCCCCGAACGCGAAAUCCGAGGUGGAGGGGCUGGUGGAGGGCGUCGUCAGCUACUGCAGCAUUUUCUGCGCGAAGGAGAGUUGCGACGACGACGCUGACGUGGCGGGUCUGGAUUUCGCGGACUUGAUCCGCGUGUGGAUGGUGGACGAUGGGGGUGAAGGGUGUGUGGAGGGGUUUUUCCCGCUCGUGGGUGAGGGCGUGAGGAAGGGGAUUGAGAGGGGUUGCGAGGUUGGGGUGUUGGCUGGGGUUGUCAUGUGUGAAGCGCUUUUGUUGAAGCUGUGUUUGGCGUUUGAUAAUGGGGCUCCCAGGGCGGAGCAGGAGAAGAAGUUGAUGGCUUCCGCGGUUCAGACCAUUACGGGGUUUCGGAGCUUUCGGUUUUUGGAUACCCUUUUCAGGACGAUGUUGGAGCCAGUUUUACCAGUGACCUCUCUACUGGGUUCUGAAAAUGAACUUCUUUUAAAAGAAGUCCUGUACAAUUCUGUGAUGACGAUAGAGCAUUCGUUCAUUAAUCCUCAAGCAGAAUUUUCGCUAUAUGCCAACAGCUUGAAAGAUGUUGCUAUAACAUGGUUGUUUGUGGCUGAGUUGGCUGUACAGUCUGCUAGGGAAAAAGGUGAUCAGGGGAAAGCUAUGUCUUUUAUAAAUGCCUUCUGUAGAUCAUGCAUACCCAUUCAAUUGAUCAACUGGGUUACUAAUCAAAAUUGCGUAGGCAGAAAUAUCAGCAGGCCAAAUGUUUCCACUCCCAUAGCUCUUAUAAAGUGGCUUCUAGUUGUUCAGGAACAAGGAUUUGCUGUAUUUGCUAGUGAAACUGCCAAGCAGAUAAACUUCAUGUUCAAAGCUAACUUUUUCACUUCAAGAACCGAGUGCUUGUUUCCAGUGAUCAAACAUUUCUUUAACAAUCUGGAUAAGAAUCUCUUAUUGAAUUCUAGAAAUGGAGAAGAUGGAGCAGAUAAACUUGAUUGUGACGUAGAGAUGCUUGAUACUGUGGACACCGUAAAUUCGCCUGCUGCUGAUAGUCUGAGAACAGUUAUUCAUGGGACAAGAAAACGCAAAGAAGGGAUUGAGGAUGACACUAAAACACAGCUAAAGUACAUGAGAUGUCAAUUUCAUGAGAAUUCAGUCAGAGAAAACUCUUUUAUAUUCAGGCAACAAUGAUGCUUUGGAUGGUAGGAGCAAGGUGUAUUGGAUAUUUAGGUUUAACUAAGCUCCGAAAAUAAUGGAGCAAUAUGAUAUAUGGUAGAUGAAACUGUAUUAGGACGUUGGACUAAUAAUUUUUUAUGAACAUCGAUAUUGUCACUUUUUGGUACUAGGAAUUUAAAAACUCUGGGCCCAGAAACCUUCGGUUAAAGUAUAUAUAUUUGGAAAUUCGU